AUGCGACUAGUCAUGGAGAACUCCCCUCUCCUACGCUUCAUCUCACUCACUGUCCCACUAGCCAUGUUUCUCCAGGCCAUGGCAGUGCCGUCUCUCCAAGAACAAGCAGGAGCCCUCCUUGCCUGGAAAGACACACUAGAAAGCCACCCUGCCCAGCUUCAAUUCUGGGGAAUGGGAAACAACACUAACUGGCCCUGCAGCUGGUACGGCAUCGAGUGCAGCAAGUACCAGGCAACGCACCAAGAGGUGAUCACCAAGAUCUCUCUACGUGGGCUGCGGCUGAGAGGGGAGCUCGACGCCCUCAACUUCACGGCGUUGGCGACCCUGACGAGCAUCCAACUCUCGCACAACAGGCUCACCGGGAGGAUCCCUCCCGGCAUUGUGUCACUCAGAGAGCUCCGGUUCCUGCUUCUUCAACGCAAUCAGAUAAGGGGCCCUUUAUCACCUGCUUUAGCAUCCAUGAAAAACCUACGGUGCUUAAUGCUCCAGGAGAAUAAACUCUCUGGUGAAAUACCAAGGCAAAUAGGAGAACUAGAGAAUCUUGUUUCGCUUAACUUAUCUGCCAAUCACUUGUCUGGUCCCAUCCCCAGUGAAAUAGGGUACCUAAAGAAGCUUGUCUGGUUAGGUCUUGUCAACAACAACCUCAUAGGCCCUAUUCCAAGAACUUUAGGGAAUCUCACUAAACUCACCAUCUUGUACCUUAGAGGAAAUUAUUUAUGUGGAUAUCUUCCUCCAGAACUAGGUUACCUGCUAAAUUUACGAGAGAUGUCCCUUAAUGUAAAUGAACUCAUGGGUUCCAUCCCUAAUACCUUUGGGAGUCUAAAUAACCUCACUCACUUGUAUCUCUGGGAGAACAAACUUUUUGGGCCUAUUCCUCCAGAACUAGGUUACCUGGUGAAUUUAGAAGAGUUGGAUCUUAGCAUCAACAAACUCUUUGGUUCUAUCCCUAAUACCUUUGGGAAUUUGGUUAAACUCACUAGCUUGCACCUAAGGGAUAACCAUCUUUCUGGAUUUAUUCCUCCAGAACUAGGCUACUUGGUGAAACUAGAAGAUCUGGUUAUUAGCAAUAACACAAUCAUGGGUUCCAUCCCGGAUACCUUUGGAAAUUUGACUAAGCUCACUACCUUGCAACUCAGUGAUAAUCAAUUGUUUGGACAUAUCCCUCGAGAAAUCGGCAACUUAACAAAUCUUGAGAAACUCGAGCUCUCCAAUAACUACCUCUCCGGUCCUCUGCCACCCAAUUUGUGCAUCAGUGGCCAGCUAAAGAAUUUAACUGCAGAAGAUAAUUACCUGAAUGGAUCUUUGCCAUCAAGCUUGUUAAACUGUACAAGCCUGGUCAGAGUUCGUCUUGAAAUGAAUCAACUAGAAGGAGAUAUUUCUGCGAUGGGAGCUCAUCCAAAUCUAGUGUACAUAGAUAUGAGAUCAAACAAAUUAUUUGGUCAAUUAUCUUAUAAAUGGGGGGAGUGUCGUAAACUUAACAAACUAAGUAUCUCAAACAACAACAUCACGGGUAAAAUACCCACAAGUAUGGGGCAGCUGUUUGGACUAAGGAUACUUGAUCUUUCAUCAAACAAGCUUGAAGGGGAGCUUCCAAGAGAACUUGGCAAUCUUAAAAAGUUAUUCCACCUGAACCUCGCAGACAAUUCGCUCCAUGGAAGCAUACCACAAGAAUUUUGGGCAUUGUCCAGUCUGGACUUUUUAGAUUUGUCAUCAAAUUACCUAAGCGGUUUGGUACAAGGAUCAAUUGAGAAUUGUUUAAUGCUUCGCUCAUUUAAUUUGAGACAAAAUAACUUCAGAGGAAGCAUCCCUUCCAUGCUAGGGGUGUUGCACAACUUAAUGGACAAGUUGGAUUUAAGUGAAAAUUCAUUUAGUGGGGCAAUACCAAGCCAACUUAGUAGUCUAACCAUGCUAGAAACUUUGAAUCUUUCAAACAAUGAACUUAGUGGCUUGAUCCCAUCGUCAUUUAAGAGAAUGGAAAGCUUGACAUUGAUUGAUUUAUCUUAUAAUGAAUUAGAAGGGCCAGUACCAGAGAGUAAACUCUUCCGAGGAGCUCCAAUCCAAUGGUUCAUGCAUAAUAAGAUGAUAUGUGGUGUUGUGAAAGGAUUGCCCCCUUGUAGUAGUCCAACCCAGAAUGGAGGGAAGAUGAAAGGAUACAAAACACUUGCACUAGCCAUGGUUACUACUACGAUAUGUCUUGUUCUUGUUGUAUAUAUAUUGGUGUUCCGACAUGAGAGGAACAAAUCAAAGUCAAUUGUCAAUUCUAGAGUUACACAAGAAAAAGUAUUCUCUAUUUGGAGUUUUGAUGGGGCAAAUGUGUUCAAGCAAAUUGUGGAAGCAACCACCAAUUUUAGUGAGACCCAUUGCAUUGGAACAGGGGGAUAUGGAUCUGUCUACAAAGCUAGAGUUUCAGCAUGUGAAAUAUUUGCGGUGAAGAAGAUACACACGAUACAAGAUGACUGUUGUGUGAACGAGGCAAUGUUCAAUUCUGAAAUAGAGGCAUUGGUGCGGAUUCGACAUCGAAACAUCGUCAAACUAUUUGGGUAUUGUUCCUCUAGACAAGGAAGGUUCCUUAUCUAUGAAUAUAUGGAUAGAGGUGACUUAGCGGAAAUAUUGAGAUCCAAUGCAAGAGCAAUCGAGUUAGACUGGAGAAGGCGGGUACAUAUUGUACUGGACGUGGUUCAUGCUUUGGCAUACAUGCAUCAUGAUUGUUCGUCACCAAUAGUCCACAGAGAUAUAACGAGCAACAACAUUUUGCUUGAUCUGGAAUAUCGAGCUUGCAUUUCGGACUUCGGUACUGCUAAAAUUCUCGAUAUUGAUGGCCAGAAUAUUACAAGGCUUGCAGGGACAAAAGGCUAUCUUGCCCCAGAGCUAGCAUAUACAGACAAUGUGACAGAGAAAUGUGAUCUAUAUAGCUUUGGAGUGCUUGUUUUGGAGUUAUUUGCAGGAUGCCAUCCAGGUGAUUUGCUCUCAUCCCUCUCAUUGAGAACCAAAAAUAAUGAUGUUUACUUAAAGGAUCUGCUGGACUUGAGGCUCGUGCUACCAGAUGCCGCAACCACUAGAGAAAUAUACUCCAUGCUCAGGGUUGCAGUUCAAUGCCUUGAGCCGAGUCCAUCACGCAGACCAACGGCACGGCAUGCCAGUGACGAGUUAUCAACGAUUAAAGCAUGUGCAAAUCAUAUUGAUUUUAUACAUGCUAGGCUCAUCAUUCCUACACAGUAG